AUGACCAACAUCGUGCUCUUCAGCGGCAGCUCGCACCAGGACCUGUCCCAGCGUGUGGCCGACCGGCUGGGCCUGGAGCUGGGCAAGGUGGUGGCCAAGAAGUUCAGCAACCAGGAGACCAGAGUGGAGAUCGGUGAGAGCGUGAGAGGGGAGGACGUUUACAUCAUCCAGAGUGGCUGUGGAGAGAUCAAUGACAACCUGAUGGAACUGCUCAUCAUGAUCAACGCCUGCAAGAUGGCGUCGUCGUCCAGGGUGACCGCGGUGAUCCCGUGCUUCCCUUACGCCCGCCAAGACAAAAAGGACAGGAGUCGCGCUCCGAUUUCUGCGAAACUCGUGGCCAAUAUGCUGUCCGUCGCUGGCGCCGAUCACAUCAUCACCAUGGACCUGCAUGCGUCUCAGAUCCAGGGGUUCUUUGACAUUCCCGUGGAUAACCUGUACGCGGAGCCCGCGGUCCUGCGGUGGAUUCGGGAGAACAUCAGCGACUGGAAGAACUGCAUCAUCGUCUCCCCCGACGCGGGCGGGGCCAAAAGGGUCACGUCCAUCGCGGACAGGUUGAACGUGGAAUUUGCCUUGAUUCACAAAGAGAGGAAGAAGGCGAACGAAGUGGACCGGAUGGUCCUGGUGGGCGACGUGAAGAACCGUGUGGCCAUCCUCGUGGAUGACAUGGCCGACACGUGCGGCACAAUCUGCCACGCUGCUGACAAGCUGAUCUCGGCUGGAGCCACCAAAGUCUACGCUAUCCUCACUCAUGGGAUCUUCUCUGGGCCGGCUAUUUCCAGAAUAAAUAGCGCCUCCUUUGAGGCGGUUGUCGUCACAAACACAAUUCCACAGGAGGACAAAAUGAUUCAGUGCUCCAAGAUCCAGGUUAUUGACAUUUCGAUGAUCUUGGCCGAGGCGAUCCGCAGGACCCACAACGGUGAAUCUGUGUCUUACCUGUUCAGCCAUGUCCCGCUGUAA